UCGUCCCCUAGGAAGGAAACUACAGCUCCCAGAGUUCCUCGCUGCGCAGCCUCCGGUACAGGGCGCGAGCGGGGACAAGUUCAGCUUCAUUCCCCUCUCUCUGCCUAGGGGCGUGCUGAGGAUGGAGGACAAGCCCUACGGCAGCCUCAAGCCCUCUCUGGACAGGCUCACCCUGGGGGUCAUCCGGAUAUUAGAAACUUCUCCAGGAGUCGAUGAGGUGACAUUUGUGGAAAAGGAGCCAGCUGAACGUCACUCUAUUGUUUCCUGGGAGCAGAAAAACUCCUGCGUAUUGCCAGAGGAUUUAAAGAAUUUCUACCUAAUGAGCGAUGGCUUCCACAUGACCUGGAGUGUUAAGUUUGAUGAUAACCCCAUGCCACUGGGCUCCAUGGUGAUUAACAGCAUCUCUAAGCUAAGUCGCCUUGGCGGAUCAUCGGCAUACGCUCUACCCAAUGCACCAACCCUCGCUGACCUAGAAGAUGAUAUGGAUGAGGAAGGUAAUGAAGACCAGCCAGAAAAGCCUCACUUUGACUCUCGUAGCCUGAUAUUUGAAUUAGACCCAUGCAAUGGGAACGGGAAAGUUUGCCUUGUUUAUAAGCACACCAAACCAGUUGUCACCCCAGACACUGAAAUAUGGUUUCUGGACAGAGCUCUGUACUGGCAUUUCCUCACCGACACCUUCACUGCCUACUACCGACUGCUGAUCACCCACCUGGGUCUCCCGCAAUGGCAGUAUGCCUUUACGAGCUACGGUGUCAGCCCCCAGGCUAAGCAAUGGUUUAACAUGUACAAGCCCAUCACCAUCAACACAGCUUUACUCUCGGAAGAACCUGACUCCUUUGUGAACAAACUGGACCCCAACAAGGUAUUUAAAAGCAAGAACAAAACUCCGGUGAUCAAAAAGAAAUUGCCAUCCCAGCCAGGAGGCUCUCAGAAAAGCCACACAAGCACGACCUCCUCCAAGACCCCUUCGCUAUCUGGGAACUCCCUGAGGAAACGAGAACCCCAAACCUGACUCUGGAAAGCAGUUUCAUUCCAGACUGUUAAAAACCCACAGUGGUGUCUCUUAGGUUUGGAUCAAACCAUUCCUCUUGCAUGAAUAGACUUCCCAGUGCAAGCUGUGUUGCAACGUUUGCAUGAAAUAUAAUAAUUUAAUUUAUGGGAGAUAUAUCUGGAAAGCCAAAAAGCUGCAGAGAGAGAUGGUGGUUAAUUCCUUUCUGUUCCAAUGGGCAAAUACUUCUGUGUGGAUAAAAAUGCCACCGAGCUGGGUGGAGUGUGUUACUACUGAUAAAGUGCAGCAAUGGACUCAAGUAAAAUCAAUCUCUACCAUUUUCAGAUACAUCUUAUUAAAUACAACAUACAUACACAAAUAUUUCCCCGUGUCCUUUUUAGAAGGAAAGAAGCAUGCCGUGAUCAUUGCGUAUAAUGAGAGCAGGAUCAAACCCACUGAAGUGGGUGGUGCAGUCCAGGGGAGCAUUAAGGGAGCAGGACUGGGCCCCGUGGCUCUAGCCCAAUGAUAUGCGAGGGCUUCAUGCGGACCACCCACAAAUCCCAUUGAGUGUUCAGCCCGGGAUCAGGCUCUGAAGUAUUUGUGCACGCGGCAUGGUAAACAGAAAUGACCUUCUGCUAAAGACCACACCUGAUGUGCACACUCGGCAAGAGCUGGCCGGGCCAGAGCAGUGCAAAGGUGCCAAGUCAUCUAAUAUGGCGAGCAGGUGGACUAGCCAAGGACAGUGCUGUAAAACGAUGAUGCACAUCCAGCAGCAUCUAGGGAACCCUCUUACAAAAAAAUCCCUUUUUUCCCCAGGCCAGUGCUGCUCUCCUCAUAAGGUCCCUGGCUCCAGGUUAACAAUCUGCUGUGGAACAACGUGGGAUUCCCUAUCACCGUAGCUGUCCGUGCUUGGUGCUGAGCGCCUCCCCAACUCCUGCAGAUCUCAGUAGGCAGGGAAGGUGCUCAGCAACUUUCAGGAUCAGGCAUCUCAGGACUGGGCUCUAUAAAAGCCUAACUGUGGGUCCCAGCCCAUCAGUAGGUCUUGGAAAGGUUGCUGAGGGGUCAGGGACUCGGAGCAGAGGGGUUCUCCAGUGGGUGGGUCGGAGAGCAAGCCUGCACCACACUUACCCUGCAGCAGCAUCUCCUAUCCACAGGGCUGGGACUCUGGAGCUGGGAGCCGGGCACAGCUCCGCAGGACAAGAAUCGCUGCUGCAGGGUGUGUGCAGGGUCACUCUCCAACAUACAACAUUGGGGCUCCCCUACACAUUGGGGCAGGACUAGGGUUGUGGUGCCGGAUCAACGAGUGCUGCUGCAGGUGCCAGUGCCGAGGAGGAGGAGGUGGCAGCAGCAGCAGCAGCGGAGGCCUAUGAUUUUUGGGGACCCACCCCACACCCAAAUUUGCAAAACAAGAUACAAUGCAGUGGGUGGGACUCCUUAGUAAGUAAAAUGUUUCAGAACCACUGUCCUAACACAGUGAAGCCCAGCCUCCCCUGGUCUAAACAAGAGCCACUCCGAACAGGGAAAGCAACCUUCACUGCCAAUUUGGGACCAAACGAAACCCAACCAUUUUCCUCUGCUCUAUUGCACCGUCUGUUCUGAGACGCCUUGAAUGGAGCAGUGGAAACUGGAGCCCCAAGUCCAGUGCAGUGGUCUGGCUACCCAGGCUGCAACACCGACAACCGUUGCAGUAGCUGUAGUGGCAGAUGUUGAAGGAUUUACCGCAGGAUGGCAUUUGACCUCGCUAACUACCUAUGUGUGGAGAAGAUCAAAAGCAGUAGAGUACUCCAGCUUUACCACUUUCUACAGCUCUUGGAGCCGGUGCAGCUACAGGAGAACACAGAAGCUUUACUGUUAGAGAUGCACAUGCCAGUAAAAACCCAGCUUGCCUCUCAGUUCCCAGGCUGAGUUGUAAGGUUGACCACUAGAAAAGCCAUUGUUACUUGUAAACUGGGUAGGAUUUGCUCUGGAGACGUUGAGAGCCCAUAAACAUGGAACCCCAUGUUUCUAAACAAUGUAAUUUUUCAGGGUAGAACUGCACUUUAACCCAUUCAAUGCUGGUCUUCAACUGUACCCACUAUUGCCUCCAUUCUGGCACAUUCCGUUUUCUUAGCUGUACUGGGAACACUCAGUAGCCACCAAACAAUCUGUGCAUCUAAUAGAGACAUCCAGGGCACCAUCUCAAAACAAGCAAUGAUUCUUUCCAUUGGGGUGUGUCUGACUGCUAACAUGCUUGCACAACUGUGGAAUACCAAGCUACCUCACAAGGUGUUGUGGGGGUUCUUUACUUGAUGUUGGUGCAGCCCCUGGAAGGAUUAAGCACUGGAUAAGUGCGAUGUAUUUUAAUAAAGAUUUUAAUAUUGUC